AUGUCGUCGUCUCAACCACUGGAUCGGAAGCAUCAGCCAGGCGCGCACGAUGAAUUGCUUUCGCAGUACGACGACUUACAUGCGAUGGAUGAUGCCGAGCAGGAACAAGUGAUUGAGCAGAUCCGCCACGACAACCACAAGGCCAACUAUAUCUACCGCGUUGGCAUCCUCGUCAUCUACGGACUCAUCUUCUUCUUGUACGCUACGCCGAUCCCGACGUAUCUGAUGGGCAACCACCCGAAGAGUCAUAUGACGCUAUACUUUCAUGGUCAAGGAAAGAUCGGCACAGACGAGGAUCUCACGUACCUCCCUGCCUUCCCCAUUUACGUCGCUGUCACUUCGAUCCUAGCCUUCUUUAUGUACCUUGCCGCAUACGAAUGCGCAAUGCGCGCAGGUUUCGUCAAACUCAAGCCAGUGGCGUACCCAAAUCAGCCGCAUCCUUACGGCUCGGCUCCCCAAUGGAUUGUGCCUGUGCUCCGCGAUCUCCGAUUGCAGCCAUCGAGCAACGUCCGGGCAGACCCGACGAAACAGUCGCAAAAGGUCGAACUGAUCAAAGUUCUUCCGCCACAGAUCGUUUACCUGGGCUUUCUUUGGGUGUGCACUUGGCCCGUCCCCCUCAUCACGUUUGGUGCCGGCGCUUUUGACGAUGCGGCGUGGUGGUCGUUUCCCUUCCUUGCCUUGUCGAUUCACUUGCUGGUCGAGUGGUGGAUGUACAAGGCCGAAAGGGAUACGCUGGGCUUGAAUGGCUUAAAAUACAACUACAAAGGUGCCUAG